AUGGCAGAGGAUAAAGCACGGAGAUAUGAAAAGAUAGAAUUUCUUGGCGAAGGACAGUUUGCCACAGUUUACAAGGCAAAGGAUGAAAGAACUGGUGACAUUGUAGCUGUUAAAAAGAUUAAACUUGGUAACCGUGUGGAGGCUGCGGAUGGAAUUAACAGAACUGCUCUUAGGGAGAUAAAACUGUUACAGGAGCUGAACCAUCCAAACAUCAUAGGGCUGCUGGAUGUAUUUGGCCAGCGGUCCAAUGUUAGCCUGGUAUUUGAUUUCAUGGAGACCGAUUUAGAGAUAGUGAUAAAGGACUCGAGUAUUGUAUUGACACAGUCUCACAUCAAAUCGUAUGUGAUCCAGACUUUACAGGGCCUGGAGUAUCUACAUAAACGCUGGAUUCUUCACCGGGAUUUGAAACCUAAUAACUUGCUUAUCAAUAAACAAGGCAUUUUGAAGCUUGGAGAUUUUGGCCUGGCAAAGUUUUUUGGUUCUCCAAAUAGGAUUUACACACAUCAAGUGGUUACAAGGUGGUACCGUGCUCCGGAGCUGCUGUUUGGAGCGAGGAAUUAUGGAACUGGUAUUGACAUCUGGGCAGUGGGAUGCAUCCUGGCAGAACUGUUGUUACGGGUACCUUUCUUACCAGGAGAAACAGACUUGGAUCAACUCAACAAAAUUUUCCUAGCGCUUGGCACUCCUACAGAAGAAAUCUGGCCGGAAAUGAAGUCUUUACCAGACUACAUCCAGUUCAAGCCGUGUCCUGGGACGGCCCUGAAGGACAUAUUCACAGCCUGUGGUCCAGACCUGAUAGAGGUGCUGUCUAAGCUGUUACACCUCAACCCUCUAAGGAGGUGCACAGCCUCUGAGGCCCUGGACUUGGCGUACUUCAGUAACAAGCCUGCUCCCACCCCAGGCCCAGAGUUACCCAUUCCGGGCGACAACAAACUGGUGAAGCAGGCUCAAGCCGAGUUACAGAGGCCGUCUCUAAAACGUAAAUUACAACAGGAUGGAACAGGUGCAGGCUUUGUGAAGAAAUUACUUUUCAACGACUGAAGAACAAGUGUGGCAGGAGGGAACGGUUUAUAGGGAUCCCUGAGUUACAUGCACUGUAAGAUCAGCAGUUAAGGGAGGACUUCAGUGCAUCAAAACUGUUACCUGAGAGGCCAGAUCAGCAGAAGUACAGACUUAAGUUUGUACGUUGAUUUGUCACCUAGAAGAAAACUGUGAAAUAAGAACGCUGGCUUACAGAGUGAUCCCUUCUACACUUUUGUUUUGUGGAUAGAGAUGCCAGCAAAAAGUUCAACAAGGAGUGAGCGGGAAGGGGAUUGGAUUGCUCUUAUGGUUGAAGCUAAAACCCAUCAUGCUCAGCACAGAGACCAUAAGAGGGCUUGAUUGUUCUUGUGGACAAAGCUAUACCCACCAUGCUGAGCAGAGAGACCAUGCAAGGGAUUGGAUUGCUCUUCUGUUUGAAGCUAAAACCCAUCAUGCUCAGCACAGAGACCAUAAAGAGGGCUUGAUUGUUCUUGUGGUUGAAGCUAAAACCCAUCAUGCUCAGCACAGAGACAUAAAGAGGGCUUCAUUGUUCUUGUGGACAAAGCUAUACCCACCAUGCUGAGCAGAGAGACCAUGCAAGGGAUUGGAUUGUUCUUGUGUUUGAAGCUAAAACCCAUCACGCUCAGCACAGAGGCCAUAAAGAGGACUUGAUUGUUCUUGUGGACGAAGCUAAAACCCAUCAUGCCCAGCACAGAGACCAUGAAGAGGACUUGAUUGUUCUUGUGGUUGAAGCUAAAACCCAUCAUGCUCAGCACAGAGACCAUAAAGAGGGCUUGAUUGUUCUUGUGGACAAAGCUAAACCCAUCAUGGUGAGCAGAGAGACCAUGCAGGUGAUCGGAUUGCUCUUGGUUGAAGCUAAAACCCAUCAUGCUCAGCACAGCUAGAAACCGUGAGGAAGACUUCAUUGUUCAUGCUCGGGGGCAGAGACCAUGAAGGGGACUUUAAUACUGCAUAUUGGCAUACAACUGAUCCCAGAAGCCAGUGUACCCCGUGCUGUGUUCUGGUGAUUGGUGUAAGUUUAACUCUGAGUGACAAACACCAGCAUCCUCACUAUGGGUAUGACCCAAGUUGAUAGAAGCAGAAAUUAUGUUUUGUUUGGUUUUGUUUUUUUUUUUUCAAACCUUUCAGCAGUUUAUCAGAACUGAUAUCAGAAGAUAAAUCAUCACUCUUUCUUUCACAUAUCGACAAAGUAUUCCGUGAAUUUUUACGUUGGUAUGUGUUUGUAUAUAAGCAUCAAAAUAUAGAAUGAUUAAGAAUUACUGCUGUCCUCUAUGCAACUCCAGUGUAACCAGUGUGACGAAUGACAAUGUAGACACCAUUCUAUUCAUAUCGUCAUAUAUUCACAAGUGCUUCCCUCUGUGUUCAUUGUUAUCAUUGAUGUUUGAAAGAGAAGUGAUGUAUGUUGCAUGGAUAUUGAAAAGAAAAUAAAUUAUAUUUUGUUGAUAAAAGCUUGAAUGUGAUGUUGCACAGGUGAAGCAACUGUUUUGUGUAACGUUUAUUUAUAUAACUGCUGACUAUAAAGCACUUUUUAACAAGGUGCAAGCAAAAGAAAAACAGGAAUGGAUCGUUAUAUUGACUAGUUGUUGUUUUCCUAGUUGUUGAAUUAGUUUGUAUUAUGACGAGUUUUGGAGUCAUUAGGCGACACAAAUUUUAUUUUGUGUUUUACGAGCCAGCCUAAACUAAAAAAAAAUCCAAAAAUGGAGAAAUUGAAAAUCUUUUCAUUGUGUCCGAUCUUAAUAUUUUUAUAACUUUUAUAACUCUUAUAUAAGACUUUCAUAAUAAAAAAUAAAAAAAAAAACUGACACGGCAAAUCACAUUAUGGCUUUAUAUUAGUGGGUUUGUCGAAUAAUAUACAAUUCCUGUAAAAUAGCCUUGUCCAAUUUCCAUUCCAUUGUUGAAGGGGGCUUUGUAUUUAGUAGUAAUUCUUGCAUUGAUGGGGAAUGUCAACGUCUGAAAAGUGUUUCAUUUUUUCCCACUAAGCCUUCAGAAGCAAUGUGAAAUUAAAGCUUUUCUAGGGACUGUCCUAUCAGAGUGUUCCUUCGACUCUUUCAUAAAUAAUGAUCCGCCAGAAGCAGAUUUUUACACCUGACCUAGAAGUAAAAACUGUCACGUAUAAUGCGCUUUUAGCUUUUAUUGAUUACUUUAGAGUGAUUUUUUCUGAUGCAAAUACAUCCGAGGUCAACCCAGAAAAGGAAUGAUUUGUCAAUAUUAGAUUUUAAGAGGAAUUUCCACUUUGACACAGUCAUAGUUUAUUCUAUCUCUGUAGACUUCAAUUGUCAUUGUCUACAGUUCAAUUUAAUAACAUCCAGGACAUACAUAUAUGCCAAUUGCUAAGCCUACGUUAGUCUAAACAUGAACUGCCCUCUAUAGGCGAUCCGUUUGUGCUGAUGAGCAACCCUCCCCCAAAUGUACGAGUCAUCUGUCAGCAAGUCGCUGAUUGGAUAACCUAAUGUGCAUUAACACAUUUUCUGAUGAGGGUCAGAUAGAUUUAUGUUUACCACAGCAGAGGAGAGCAUAGAAAUGCUGCUCGGCCACCAUUUCCAGUGAUUUAUUUUUCCCUGGAAUAUUGCGCAUGCCACAAACGCUGUAGUUCUCAAGCAUGUGAAGGUUAGGCUAUUGCGGAGGUGUUGACUUGGAAUGUCUCUUCUAGUAUACCAAGGUAAAAGGUUUUAGAUAUCCAUCUGUCGGGUACUCAAAACAAACUGUAUUGUCCGCUCGCCAAUGUAGCUGGUUAUUGGGGUUGGGCAUCUUUCCCCCUACUGUAUUUAGGGGUUGAUUCGAAAAAGCUAUUUUCGUCACUUGUCAAAAUUUAAAACCCGCUCAUAAUGGUUGGUUUUUGGUAUAGCAGUUGUGUUAAGAUAAUACUGAUGAGGUCAAGUCAAACACUGCAUUAUUCCAUGACAUCUUUUCAUUAUAAAUAAAAUAUAUUUAACAUACACGUGAGGAUUAAAAAAUGUUAAAGUUUCAAUUCAAUAAACGUUAAUUUUAUUCAAUAGUUGAACAGUUAAACAUAUUGAAUACAUCUUUCCAUUAGCUUCAACCUUCAAAAAGGAAGUAGGCCCUAUAUUCAACAUUUUAAAACAUAAAAUAAUGUUCUUCGAAUUACCCCUCCAUCCCAGCUAUCAAGUACGUUUUACCUGUGAGAAAAAUGAAGUCGGUCAAUGAAUUCUAAAAUUAACCCAUAUAGCUUCAUGUCAUAACAAACACCUGAAAUAAAUAACAUGACACGAUUGAGUACGGUUUUUUUUAUACAGUGUUGUAGUCAAAUAUUUUCAAUAUUUGUUUCAAGUAAACCAAAACAGUUUACAUUCGUUGCAAACAAUUUUCUUCUGUAAGCCUGGGGUGGGUUUAAUUCCGCGGAUGCUCACAACAACGCGUGGACAACAGUUUAUUUAUUUAUUUGAUUGUUGUUGAAUGCUAUACUGAAGACAAGCCCAGUAAUAUAAGAAAAUAUAAGCCUGUUAUUACUGGCAGCUGUAUAUUUUCUAUGCGGGGUUCCAUGCAAAAGUUCAUUCUUUGUACUUUUAUUAAAGCUUGCAAAAUAUAAUGAGAGAACUUGGUGAAAAUACUGGGAAAAGUUUGACAUCCAGGCAUAUCUUCUAGAGCGAUAUGCGGUUGUGUUUGGUUUUGUACCUUGUGGUCUGUACAUUGUAAAGUGGUGGAUACGUAGCCUUUAGUUUAUAGUAUUCAUGUACACACGGAACAGAAACAGACUCGUACGUAUUUAAUAGUUCUAAAGGCGCGUGAGCAAUCUUGGAAAUAAAGAAUUCUGAAGAACAAACUUGCUUUUGGCUCUUUAUAUAAAUAAACACAAAAUAACAAAACAAGAAGAACUUGUGUCGGUGUUUACCUAUCCGAAGUCUUUCAUCCAAAAGUCAUCACCACUAUUUUGUUUGAAAAGUUGGAUUGACAGUAUAAAAUACCAGAUAAAUUAAACUUAUUUUAAUAGGUGAUGAUACAAUGGCGAAGGUAAAUACACAGGAAGACAAACGAAUAAGGUAAGUGAAAGUCGUCUUGAAUACGUAACAGAAUCAUUUCUGUUGAUACAGCAUAAGCUUGGUAUGAAAAAACAAAACAUAAAACAGAAAGAAUAUUACACCAGAGUUAUAAUGGAGAUUACGUUAGAGGUGUCUCUAUAUAUGUACACAUAUGAAGUAAAUUUAAGCAUAAUUAUUAUCGAUGUGACGCGUGAGAUAUUUUCACAUUUCAUGAGUUUGCGCAUAAUAGUGUUUCUUAACAACAUAACGUCAAACCAAGAUCCCACAUUUUACCAGUCUCAAAUUAAGCAAGCAACUGCUCAAAAUACGAGGAAGAUAUUUAAACCACCAUUCAAAAACGUAAAUGUUUCUUUUGCGUUUGCAGAUCGAUGCUGCCUUUGAUGCAUGUACAGGAUUCAUUUUCUCGGAAAGUGUUUGGUAACUAAUAUUAUCUAAAGUCUUCAAAGCGCAAUAUUAUUUAACAUUUACGUUAACAGAAGCUUAUAAUAUGCUUCA